AUGGCGGCGGCGGGGACCGGUGCGGCGGCCGGAGGCCGCAGCUUUUCCUUCAAGGUGGUGCUGCUCGGAGAGGGCUGCGUGGGGAAAACCUCCCUUGUGCUGCGCUACUGCGAGAACAAGUUCAACGACAAGCACAUCACCACCUUGCAGGCAUCUUUUCUUACAAAGAAGCUAAAUAUUGGUGGGAAAAGAGUAAACCUUGCAAUAUGGGAUACAGCUGGCCAAGAAAGAUUUCAUGCCUUGGGGCCGAUCUACUACAGGGAUUCCAAUGGAGCAAUUCUAGUAUAUGAUAUAACAGAUGAAGACUCUUUUCAAAAGGUAAAAAACUGGGUGAAGGAAUUAAGGAAAAUGUUGGGCAAUGAAAUCUGUUUAUGUAUAGUAGGUAACAAAAUAGACUUGGAAAAAGAGAGACAUGUUUUGGUUCAAGAAGCAGAAACGUAUGCUGAGUCUGUUGGAGCAAAACAUUAUCAUACUUCAGCUAAACAGAACAAAGGAAUUGAGGAACUGUUUCUUGACCUUUGUAAAAGAAUGAUAGAAACUGCUCAAGUGGAAGAGAGAGCAAGAGGCAACGGUUCCAGUCAGUCCGGAACAGCCAGGCGAGGCGUACAGAUCAUCGACGACGAGCCACAAGUACAGAGCAGCGGAGGCUGUUGUUCUUCUGGAUAACUGUAGAACUGUGCAUCACUGCCCUCUCAAGAUGGAGACUGCCAUAUUCCAAGUCACACGUUCUUUACCAAUGGAGUAAUAGAAUUAACAGUAUUUAAAAAUAAUCACAUGUAACAUUGCAGAGACCUUAAGUGCUAAACUAGUGGCGUCUGUGACCAGAGAAUUGGCGUUUUCUACAGUGGUUUAACAAAGCAAUUACCAAGGGCCUUUUUACAUAUUUUUUCUUUAAUAAGGAAUAAUAUGCAUGUAGAAAAGACCUACUUAAAGGCUUCAUUUAUAUUCUUUUAAAUCAGAUCAUUAUUUAAUAACUUAUAUACAUUGUUGUGGAAUGGUAUCUGUUUUUUUGCAGCAGCUCUUUGUAUUUUGUGGUCAAUCCGAAUUCUAUCACUUCUUAAAAAAAAAUGCAAACUGAUUUUUUUUGGGGGGGGGGUUUUCUUCUUAAAUUUGAAGAUAUCUGAAGUAAUAUUUUUGCAGGGCCUCCACAAGCCUAUAACUGUCAACUACUUUGAUAUAUUCUGUUCAUCCUGUAUGCCAAGCUGGUAAAAUACCCUUGUAAAUGACAUAUUUAAUAUUUUAUCUGCUUUUACAGUUGCAGGUGCAGAAAUCUGUACAUCAGUCUUGUCAGUGGUUGUGAAGUGAAUCAGUCAGUGAAAGAUGCUUUUCAUGUGUACUGUUGAAUUGCUCAUUCUGUUCCCUCAGCCUGAAAACAGCUACAUUCAUAGCUACAGCAAAAAAUUUUUUGAAGCCUUUGAUGGCAAGCAGCAGUAUUUAGAGUAUUCCCUUAGCAAGAGGAGAAUCCUUCCUUAGGCUGCUGUUUGACAUGGAGGUGUUGGACUCCCAGCUGGAACAGUUGGUGCAUGCAUAUAUCCUGCCUGCAGUUCUGUUGGCCUCUUGGAAUGUCCCCAGAAAGUCAAAGCAAGUUUAGCCCUCAUCUGUUCUGGUAGCCAGUAAGCCAGAUGCUUGGGAAACUCCCAAGCUGCAUUAAUACAUUUGUGUCUCAAGACAGCAUUACAGACUAUUAAUGAGCAUAAUUUCCCCCACCCCUGUACUGCAGCAGGGUGUGAGUGAACAAAUGAAUUGGCGUUUACCAGAACUGCUUCUGAUUUGGAGUGAUGAAGUGGAAGAUGUGCCAGAUGCAGUUGUAACUUGGAGAGAUGGUAGACUGAACUGAACUUAUUCCUGACUUGCUCUUUCUCUUGUGAAGUAUUUUGAAGCUCACUUAAGUUUUGGGAGGAGGGUGUUCAGAAAAAAAAUGUGAACUACUAUCACAAGGAAACACAAAUGGUGGUAGCUGAAACUUCAAAAUGUUUUGUGCUCUGACUUUUUUUUUUACUUAAGUUGUCAUGCUUGGAAAAACAGUAAAGGUGA